UAGAUGGCCCCACCAGGGCAGGCCCUGCGGACACCCCUCCCUCGGGCUGGCGGAUGCAGUGCCUAGCGGCCGCUCUUAAGGACGAAACCAACAUGAGUGGGGGAGGGGAGCAGGCCGACAUCCUGCCGGCCAACUACGUGGUCAAGGAUCGCUGGAAGGUGCUGAAAAAGAUCGGGGGCGGGGGCUUUGGCGAGAUCUACGAGGCCAUGGACCUGCUGACCAGGGAGAACGUGGCCCUCAAGGUGGAGUCAGCCCAGCAGCCCAAGCAGGUUCUCAAGAUGGAGGUGGCUGUGCUCAAAAAAUUACAAGGGAAGGACCACGUAUGCAGGUUCAUUGGCUGUGGCAGGAACGAGAAGUUUAACUAUGUCGUGAUGCAGCUGCAGGGCCGGAACCUGGCUGACCUGCGUCGCAGCCAGCCACGAGGUACCUUCACGCUGAGCACCACGCUGCGGCUGGGCAAGCAGAUCCUGGAGUCCAUUGAGGCCAUUCACUCUGUGGGCUUUCUGCACCGUGACAUCAAGCCGUCCAACUUUGCCAUGGGCAGGCUGCCUUCCACCUAUAGGAAGUGCUACAUGCUGGACUUUGGGCUGGCCCGGCAGUACACCAACACCACAGGGGAUGUCCGACCGCCUCGGAAUGUGGCCGGGUUUCGGGGGACUGUUCGCUAUGCAUCAGUCAAUGCCCACAAGAACCGGGAGAUGGGCCGCCACGAUGACCUGUGGUCCCUCUUCUACAUGCUGGUGGAGUUUGCAGUGGGCCAGCUGCCAUGGAGGAAGAUCAAGGACAAGGAACAGGUGGGAAUGAUCAAGGAGAAGUAUGAGCAUCGAAUGCUGCUGAAGCAUAUGCCCUCAGAGUUCCACCUCUUCCUGGACCACAUCGCCAGCCUCGACUACUUCACCAAGCCUGAUUAUCAGUUGAUCAUGUCGGUGUUUGAGAACAGCAUGAAGGAGAGAGGCAUUGCUGAGAAUGAGGCCUUUGACUGGGAGAAGGCGGGCACGGAUGCCCUCCUGUCCACAAGCACCUCCACCCCACCCCAGCAGAACACCAGGCAGACAGCAGCCAUGUUUGGGGUGGUCAAUGUGACCCCAGUGCCUGGAGACCUGCUCCGGGAGAACACGGAGGACGUGCUACAGGGCGAGCACCUGAGUGACCAGGAGAAUGCACCCCCAAUCCUGCCUGGGAGGCCCCCUGAGGGGCUGGGCCCUACCCCCCACCUUGUCCCCCACCCUGGGGGUCCUGAGGCUGAAGUCUGGGAGGAGACGGAUGUCAACCGCAACAAACUCCGCAUCAACAUCGGCAAAACCCCCUGUGUGGAGGAGGAGCAGAGCCGAGGUGUGGGAGUCCCCAGCUCCCCUGUGCGUGCCCCCCCAGAUUCCCCAACAACCCCAGUGCGUUCUCUACGCUACCGGAGGGUCAACAGCCCUGAGUCGGAGAGGCUUUCCACGGCGGAUGGGCGGGUGGAGCUACAUGAGAGGAGGUCCCGAAUGGAUUUGCCUGGUUCACCUUCGCGCCAGGCCUGCUCCUCACAGCCGGCUCAGAUGCUCUCAGUGGACACGGGCCAUGCUGACCGGCAGGCCAGUGGCCGAAUGGACGUGUCAGCCUCCGUGGAGCAGGAGGCCCUGAGCAAUGCCUUCCGCUCGGUGCCCUUGGCCGAGGAGGAGGACUUUGACAGCAAGGAGUGGGUCAUCAUUGACAAGGAGACAGAGCUCAAGGACUUCCCUCCUGGGGCUGAGCCCAGCACAUCGGGCACCACAGAUGAGGAGCCUGAGGAGCUGCGGCCACUGCCCGAGGAGGGUGAGGAGCGGCGGCGGCCGGGGACAGAACCUACUGUUCGGCCCCGGGGACGCAGUAUGCAGACACUAGCUGAGGAGGACCUGCGGCAGAUGCCGCCUCAGCCCCCACCACCUCAGCUGAGCCAGGCUGAUGGCCGGUCAGAGACAUCACAGCCCCCAACGCCUGGCAGCCCUUCCCACUCGCCCCUGCACUCGGGACCUCGCCCUCGACGGAGAGAGUCGGAUCCCACAGGCCCACAGAGACAGUUGGAGGAGGACAGACUCUCGGGGCACUCCCUCCCGCGGUACAGCCCCCUGCGACGACUGGCGUCCUCCGUGUUCUCCUCCUCCACGCUGGAGACCGAGCAUUACCCUCACCCCAGCGGCGGCGGCUCCUCGGGCUCCUCCGGUUCCCUCAUUCAGCGCAGCCGCUCGGCCGAGAGCAGCCCCGUGCGGGCGCCCCACCGGCGCCACGCGCCCCUCGCCGCCGGCAACCACAGACUCGUGCCCUCGGUGCUCCGCAUCUCGCGGUCCCAGCUGCAGCAGGUGUUCUCUGUGGCACCCCCGUUUGAGAUGAAUGGCCUCCCGCGAGCUGUGCCUCUGAGCUUGCCCUACCAGGACUUCAAGAGAGACCUCUCCGAUUACCGAGAACGGGCACGGUUGCUCAACAGGGUCCGGAGGGUGGGCUUCUCGCACAUGCUGCUCACCACCCCCCAUGUCCCGCUGGCUCCUGUUCAGCCUCAGGCUAAUGGGAAGCCGGAAAAGGAGGAGGAGGAGGAGGAAGAUGAAGAUGAGGAAGAAGAGGAGGAGGAGGAAGAAGAGGAGGAGGAGGAAGAGGACGAGGAGGAGGAAGAGGAGGAAGAAGAGGAGGCAGUGGCCCUGGAGGAGGUACUGGAGCCCCGCAGUGGCUCUAGCAGUGACGGGAGCGAGAGGAGCACCGACCGGAGCCAGGAGGGGGCCCCGUCCACACUACUAGCUGACGAUCAGAAGGAGUCCAGGGGUCGGGCCUCCAUGGCUGACGGGGACCUGGAACCUGAGGAGGGCUCCAAAACGCUGGUGCUCGUCUCCCCUGGCGACAUGAAGAAGUCGCCCGUCACUGCCGAACUGGCCCCCGACCCUGACCUGGGCACCCUGGCUGCCCUCACUCCUCAGCAUGAGCGGCCCCAGCCCACUGGCAGCCAACUUGACGUGUCGGAGCCAGGUACCCUGUCCUCCGUCCUCAAGUCUGAGCCCAAGCCCCCGGGGCCUGGAGCAGGGCCAGGAAUGGGGACUGGUUCCACAGGGACAGCGGGUGUGGCAGUGACUUCCUCACCCUUCACCAAAGUUGAGAGGACCUUUGUGCACAUUGCGGAGAAAACCCACCUGAACGUCAUGUCUUCCGGAGGACAAGCCUUGCGGCCUGAGGAGUUCAGCACUGGGGGCGAGCUGGGUCUGGAGGUGCCCUCUGAGGGGGGCAUUAUGGAAGAGGGGGCUCCAGUGCCCCUGGAGAAUGGCAUCGCCCUGUCAGGGCUGGAUGGAGCUGAGACGGAGAGCUGUGCCCUGUCUGGACCUCCAGGAGAAACACCCUCAGAGGUGGCCACAGACUUACUGCCCAAUGGCCCAGCCUUUACUGACGGGCCAGUCCUAGCAUCAUCCCCACCAGAGCCAGGCCUUGAGAAAAUGGCCACCAUCUCCCCCAGCCGCCAGGCCAGGCUAAGCCCUCGCCCCAGGAGCCGUAUUCCUGUCCUGCUGUCUGAGGAGGACACAGGAUCGGAACCCUCAGGCUCGCUGUCAGCCAAAGAGCGGUGGAACAAGAGGGUCCGGCCACAGCAGGACCUGGCACGGCUGGUAAUGGAGAAGAGGCAGGGUCGCCUGCUGUUGCGGCUGGCCUCGGGGGCCUCAUCCUCCUCCAGCGAGGAGCAGCGUCGUGCCUCUGAGACACUCUCAGGCACGGGCUCCGAGGAGGACACGCCUGCCUCAGAGCCCGCAGUAGCAGCAGCAGCAGCAGCAGCAGCAGCCUUGCCUAGGAAGGUCGGGAGGGCAGCUGCCACCCGGAGCCGGAUUCCCCGCCCCAUCAGCAUCCGCAUGCCCACGCCUGCCGCAGCCCAGCAGCCCCUGGGCAGAUCCCAUGGUGCGGCCCCAGCAUCUGACACAGCCAUCACCAGCAGGCUCCAGUUGCAGAAGCCCCCAGGGUCGGCCCCUGCUGCUGACCCCCGUCCCAGUUCGAAACAGCUCCCAGGUCGUGGUCCUGGCCCAAGGCGAGCCCAAGUCACCAAGCCCCCCGCGCCCAGCAGUCCUGGCCUCCCCACCUCGGCCCCACGCCAUCCCAGCGCGUCCCCACGGAGCCAGUCCCUGUCCCGCAAAGAGAGCCCCUCCCCCUCUCACCAUGCCCGGUCUGGGCCUCCCCCACCCCGGGGUGUCCUCCAGGGCCGAGCCCAGCCUGACGGCACCCCUACCCACGGGGGAGCCAAGAAAGGACCCAGAGGGAAACUCCAGAGUCAACGCGCAACAACCAAAGGCCGGGCGGGGGUCGCGGAGGGCCGGGCCGGGACCAGAUAAUGACGUCCGCGGCUCUCUUCGGCCCCCCAACCCUCACCCCGGCCCCCCCGCCCGCAGCUGGCCACACUGGAACAGCUUCCAGCACAGCCUUACGCGCCCCAUGCGCGCCACCCGCGGCCCCAGCUUCCCGCCUGCAUCUGCGAGGACGUGCGCGAGCACACGUCGCACCCUUCUGGCCCUGCCAGGCCAGGGGAGAGGAGUAGCUGUCUCUCCUUUCUCUCUCCGCGUCCUCCCCUCCUCCUGCUGCCCCUCUGCCCGGGCAGGCUCACGACGACCCCUCCGCCCGGGAAGGCUCAGCCAUCCCCCACUCACACACCAGGCCCUGGCUGCUCUCCAUGCUCCCCAGGGGCCUCUGCUUACCCUUCCUGCAGCAUCUUCCCUCCUUCCCUCUUCCAGUCAAUGCUCCCUCCCUCCACGAAACAGCCUCAAAUUCCAGAAGUGGAGACUCCAGCCUCCUCCACUGUCUCCUGUGGUGGCCAGGGAAGGCCUGUCAGCUGUCAGCCCCAUGGGGUUGGGAAGGUGGGACCCUGGGGCCAUGGGUAUACUCAGGUGUGAGGGGACUGCUCUGACCUGCCCCAAAGUCAGCUCCAUCCUGGGCAGUGGGCAGUGGGCAGUGGGCAGGUGAUUCUUGCAAGGGGAGGGGGUUCUUUGUACAUUUGGAGUACAGAGACCCCUAUCCUCCUAAACUUGGGUGGGGCCAUGGGGACAUAGUGGGAGGAGUGUGGGCUGCUUUCUGGGCAAGUGUUUCCCAGUGGAAAUUUAGAGAAAGAUUUUUAAAAGGUUUCACUCUCUCUCCCCCUGUUCCCCUGAUCUAGUACUGCUCAGGACCCCUUCCCAUCAGGAAUUCCUUCCUGCCCUCUAUUUUCAAUCCUGCCUAUUGCAGUUUCAGCCAGCUCCCAUCUCUCCUGAGUUCCAUGCAGGUGGAGAAUGGCUAUUUAUCACCUUCUCUGCUCUGGCCCUCUGGAGAUUCAAGGUCUGGGUUCUGGUUGGGUCACUCCCUGUGGGGAGUAGGCUGAGUCAGACAUCAUCUCUCCCAAGGGCAGAGGGAGCAGGAACUGGUCGACUGACAGUUGGUCCCUGGAGGCAGAACGUCCCUUUUAACUUUCCAAUUGUGUACUUGUGUGUUGGGUCUCUAGCUCAUGCCCACUCCUCCCAGUUCACCCUUCAUCCUGUCCCAUCUUGUCCUAAACCCAGUCCAUGCAGUGCCACUGCUCCAUGGAGCAUGGAUGUGGGGCCUCCUCCUGGGUUCUGGCUCCAGCAUAGCUCAUCCCACCUCAUCAUGAGCCUCAGCUGCCUACCUGUGGGGCAAGCAGCCCACUGGCUGCUGAAGAGACAGUCAACCCUGCCCAUCUGGGACAGGGCCCCGGCAGGGCUCCUCCAUCCUCAGCACCUAUAGACUCUGUCCCCUGGCCUGGCCUCUCUGUCCUUCCCUGAGCCAUAGAGAGCAAGCCAAGACAUUAGGGGGAAGAGGAAAAGAGGCUUCAGCCUGCCCCAGAGGUCUGGCCAUAUCCAGCCACCAUCACCCAGAAGGACACCUGAGAAGAAGCUGGCCCAGGAGCAGACUGGCGGUGCCAGUUGAACUCCCUCAAGGAGAGUCAGCAGGCUCAGGCAGCUGCUUCCAUGCCAAGGGGGCACUUUCUCUGCAGACCAGCCCAGGGGAGGACACCACAGUGGACAGUUUUUGAGGUCCAUCCCAUGCUGAUGCAGAAGCUUCCAGAACACUCAGGAAAACCUCUUCAGACACAGCCCUUCUUGUCAACCUGAGGCCCUCCCAAGGCCCUCUACCACCCUCUGGGUCCAGCAGAGGGGGUGGAAGAGGGGCCACUCCUUCCCACCUAGAGCUUCUCUGAAUGACAAUCAGCUCCUGCCAGAUGGGAACCAGGGCAUGACCCCUGGUGCCCAGGCCCUGGACCUGCUCCUUGCUACCAACCGAACUGUGAAUGUAGGGCCCCCAGCCUCACCUCUGCCCUAGGAUCAACAACACCCUGGAUUGGAGUUGGGAGAAAGAGGGUGUUGAGAGAGCCCCAGGUCCAUCCCACCCCCAGCUUCUCCCAGCACCAGAGCUGGCUGACACAAAACCCAGUCUGCCCUAGACCUCAGGCCUGGCCUCUGAGUCACUGAAUGUUACCAGGUAAGGUAGGAGGAGGGAAAGAGCCAGUGUGGGGGGUGGGUGUGUGGCUAGGGGACUGAGUCUGCUUCUCUCCCUAUGAAAGAUCCAGGGAGAUCCACACCUCCCAGUGCCCCCACCCUCAGCUGCUGCCUCUUUCUCCCUGAACAUCCAUCCCCUGCAUCAGGCCCUCCAGGUCUUGAGUUCCUCCUCUAUAAGAGUGUUACACUACGACCGCCACCAUCCCCCACUUCCCCGGCACCUCCCCAUCACAACCGCCUAUGUCACUGGCUCUGAUGUGGGGUGUACUCACCUCAGAACACACCUCCCCUCCCCAGUCAAUCUAUGUGCAAAGGGGGCACAGGAGAAGGGCCUUGCCCCAAGUACAUGGGCUUCCUCCUCCCCAACUCCUUGAGGGGCCUGGCUUGCUCCAGGAAACAGCCCUGUGAGGGUUGGGGGGAGGGACAGGGAGUUGCCCACCCUCUACUGUGGGAAGCCACUGAAGAAUGUUUACAUGCCAAACAGAAUGUAACACCUCUCCCCCACCCCUCCCCAGUCACUGCAUGGCCUCUGCCUAUCCCAACCCAUCUACCCCCACCCCAACACCCUGGAAGCCGCUGUCAUGAUUAGAUGGGGUCUCGGAAGGGAAGUAGCCAUUACACCAUUAAAAAGCCUGUGGACCUUUCUGUUGGCUUGGACUCUUCUUCCCUUUGGGCAGAGGGAGAUCAAAACCCAACCCCUGGGAGUGGGGAUGGGCAGGAAAAAAGAGGACAGGUUGGUGGGUAAAUGGGCAGGGACUGUCCUGGAAGCUGACACUGUGUCUACAGAGGAGGAUGGAAGCUCAGGAUGGAUACAGGUCAUACAGGUGGAAGGAGACUGUCCUGUUAGCCUCCUGACAGCAAAGCUUGGACUUUCUCAGCCCCUUGGUUACCUCUGCUGAGGGUCAGAGACUAAAUCUCGGCUUUGUGCAAGAGGGAGGGAGGAAGAAAGAAUUUUCAUUGCCCUAAAUGUAACAAACAAAAAGGAGAGUGUUGGGAAAACCACAAAGUACAGCAGCUCACAAGCAAGGUUAUUAUAGCAAAACUUGUCAAAAUCACAAAUGAACAUAGCCUUUGACACAGUGUCUCCACUUCUAGAAAUUUACCCUAGGGAUGUACUUGUACACACACCAAUUAUGUGUGUCCAAAGUUAUUCACUGAAGCUCUUUGUAUUGCACCACAGAGCCUCACCUGUAAUUCCAAAACCUCCAAAGUUCUGAAAACUGAGAAUUUUUUCAUUAGAUUGGUACAAACUCACUUGAUAUCAAAACAGGACAGGAUGGUUUAUAAUCUUUAUUAAUUCCACUUAUCAUACAUGUUUUCAGUGGAAAUAUGAAUGUUUUUGAUUAUGGGGCACUGCUCUAGAUUCUAUUAGGGUAUUUCAUAAUAUAGGGAAUAUGCACUGAAUUACCUUUUCUUUCUUUUUAAAAAAUUACCUUUCUGUCUCUGAUUUGGAUAAGAGACUGUGGACCUAUAAAGUAACCGUUCCGCAGCAACCUAAAUGUUCAUUAAUUGGGACUGGACAACAGAGCAUGGCCCAUGCAUGUGAUGGGGACCCCAAUCAUGGGGUACUAUGAGACUGUAAAAUGGAAGAGGCAGCUCUUUAUAUACACUUAUGGGCCAGUUUCCAUGACAACAGGAUAUGGUACAAUUCUUUGGGUGGAAUAGAGCAUGAGAUGAAUCAGCAGUCUCUGGUCACCUCAGGAAGAGAGGACCCAGGUAGGGAGGAAGCUGUACUGUUGGAUGUGCUACCUUUUGCAUUUUGAAUGCUAAGUUCACUUAGGAGUGGAACUUUCACCUAGUGAAUGCAUAAACGAUUUCUGUCCCAAGCCCAGGCUCUGUGUAGCACUGGGAUGGCAGUGAGGGGGAAGGCUCAGGCUCCAAAGCCCUACUGUCUCUGAGGAGGCCACCAUGGUGUUCUGGGACCGCCUUUUUCCAACACAGUCACUAGUGGGGUCUAGGGUCUUCAGUGGGCCCCCCGUGCUUUCACUUUCCUUGUUUAAAAUGUCAAAAUCAGGAAUACUCGUAGUAAAGGCCAGAAGCAUAUAAAAUAAAAUAUCAAGACCCAUCCAUGAAUGCGACUCUUGUGAACAGCUUGGUGUAUAUCAUUAUAGAUCUUUUUUUAUGUUUAUAAUAACUCUUCUCUCUGUCUAUCCAUAUAUGUAAACAUUUCUUAUAAAUAAAAGGAAGCAUAUUAUACCUAC